CAAAACACCGGAAUGAGGAAAUUGCCGAGGGGGCAAGCCAUGUGCGAAACAAAAGUUGUCCAUCGCUAAUAACCGCGCAACCUGAUGCGCCCACAGGUCACUCCGCUCCAGUCUGCCGGAGGCGACGCGCUCCUCCGUGUCCUCCCGACCAGCCGCUCGCCACAAGCCGAGCCGAGCCGGGACGCCCCCCGCCCGCCCGCCCCUCCCUCCCUCCCUCCGCGCCCAGUGAUGUCUGUUCUCCUCCUCGCGGUGCUCUCCUCGCUCCUGGUGCGGGACGCCGCGGCGUGGGGCGCCAACGUCAAGUACGCGGUGAACUGCCCCGACAGAUGCAGCGCGGGGCGCUGCGGCGGCACGCUGCGGUGCGCGCGCACGGUGCUGGACGACUGCGGCUGCUGCCAGGUCUGCGCGGCCGGCAGAGGGGAGCACUGCUACCGCACGGUGUCGGGCAUGCACGGGGUGAAGUGCGGACCGGGCUUGUUCUGCGAGUUCUACAAAGACGAGGACGACUACGGAGACGAGUACGGGAUCUGCCGAGACUGUCUCUAUGGAACCUAUGGGGUGGAGUGCCGCAAGACAUGCAACUGCAAAGGAGGCAUCUGUGACAGGGAGACAGGAGCUUGUCUCCCUGUCUCACAACUCUUCGGCAAAAUCGCCAGCAAUCUCAGGACCGAGCCACAAGCAGGGGGAGAGGUGGGCUCAGGAGAGGUCAGCGAGGCCCAGCACAGAGGCCAACACACGGACAGAUCCACUGCCCCAAAGAGGCUCAACCCUCGCUGACAAGUGCCGACGAGACUGAAUCUGUUCAGAGUAAAUGUAGCAUUAACUUAUAAAUGAUCUGAAAGAUAUAUUUUAUUAUGGUAAGUGGUAAACAGGCCUCUUCUCUCUUUUUUUUUUACAACAAGUUUUAUUUGUUUUUGUUUUUUGGUCUUUGUUUGACCCCCAUCACCUUUUCUAAUGAAAUAUGGAGAAUAUGUUAUGAUCUUCAAAGCCUUUAUCUCUCUUAUUGCUAUUUGUCUGUUUUUGUUAAAGUGGUCCAGUUCCCACUAUUGCUUCAGCGCAGAGCUGACACGGUCAUUAUGUGUGCCUUCAUACAUUAUUGACUGAUGAUGAAGUGAGAGUUAGUGUCACAACAAAGGGACACGCAUUCAUUUUCAAACUGGAUACAGCAAUAUUUUUGAAGUUCUAAUAUGAUUAUACUUAAUUUCUAUUGUAUAUAUGAAAAACAGACAUGGGAAAAUAUCACAUAUAUAAAUUACACCAGCCACUGUAAAGAAUGCUCUUACAAUUAAACCAAAGUUAUCACUGACUGCUGUCAUUUGAUUUCCAAUGCUUAUCAAUUUAAAUGUAUCCAUGCAUACUUUUAUAAAGCAACUGCAUCAUCUGAAAAACAUGACAUUGUGAGCAAACAUUAAUCGGAUCAUAUCGGAUAUCAGUUUAAGUAUAGUGUGACUUUAAUAUCUGUGGCUAAACAAAGUGCUGUAUGUGUCAAAGGAUUUGUACAAAAUAUUACGUUAAGUGCAUUCAGUAAAUAAAAAGUGUAAAGUAAAAUAUUAAAAUAUAUGAUACUAUCACAGCA